GCGGCUCGGUGCGGGUCCGGGUGCACCUGUGUCCGCUCUGCGGGAGUCACGCCCGCGUCCCUUGUUCCUCCGAGGGUACACCCUGUGAUGAUACCUCCCCGCAAACAAAGCGGGCCGCGGAGCCGGGCCGUGGCGCACGGAGCCUGUGUCCUGUAGAUAAACCGGGGCCGAGCGUGCACGCCGGCCGGCCGCUGAAGCUUGACGGACUUGGGAAGCCCUGGCCGGCGUCGGGCUGGAGCCGGCGCCCCGGAGCGCAAUGGAGGCGGCGGCGAGAGGGGACUCGGGAACCGGCGCCGAGUAGCCCGCGGACCCAGGCCCAGCCCACCCUGCCAUGGAGGUGCCCAGCGUCAAGGACUUCCAGUGGAAGCGUCUGGCCCCGCUGCCCAGCCGCCGGGUCUACUGCUCCCUGCUGGAGAGCGGGGGACAGGUGUAUGCCAUCGGGGGCUGCGACGACAAUGGGGUCCCCAUGGACUGCUUCGAGGUCUACUCCCCCGAGGCUGACCAGUGGACCACCCUGCCCCCUAUGCCCACAGCCCGCGCCGGGGUGGCGGUCACCGCCCUGGGCAAGCGCAUCCUGGUGAUCGGGGGAGUGGGCACCAGCCAGCUGCCGCUGAAGGUCGUGGAGAUGUACAACAUGGACGAGGGCAAGUGGAAGAAGCGGAGUGCCCUUCGAGAGGCUGCCAUGGGCAUUUCUGUCACGGCCAAAGAUUACCGAGUCUACGCAGCAGGUGGAAUGGGCCUGGACCUCCGUCCACACAGCCACCUCCAGCACUACGACAUGCUCAAGGACAUGUGGGUGUCGCUAGCCCCCAUGCCCACCCCGAGAUAUGCCGCCACCUCCUUCCUCCGAGGGUCCAAGAUCUACGUGCUGGGGGGACGGCAGUCCAAGUACGCGGUCAACGCCUUCGAGGUCUUUGACAUCGAGACUCGCUCCUGGACCAAGUUCCCCAACAUCCCCUGCAAGCGGGCCUUCUCCAGCUUUGUGACGCUCGGCGACCACCUGUACAGCCUGGGGGGCCUGCGGCAGGGGCGGCUCUACCGGCGUCCCAAGUUCCUGCGCACCAUGGACAUGUUCGACAUGGAGCAGGGGGGAUGGCUGAAGAUGGAACGCUCCUUCUUCCUCAAGAAGCGGCGAGCAGACUUCGUGGCCGGCUCUCUGAGUGGACGUGUCGUCGUGGCUGGUGGACUGGGGAACCAGCCCACCGUCCUGGAGACAGCGGAAGCAUUCCACCCAGGGAAGAACAGGUGGGAGGCGCUGCCCGCCAUGCCCACGCCGCGCUGUGCCUGCUCCAGCAUCGUCGUCAAGAACUGCCUGCUGGCCGUGGGGGGCGUCAACCAGGGCCUGAGCGACGCGGUGGAAGCCCUGUGUGUCUCCGACUCCUAGCCGUGGCCGGGCCCAGCCCUGGCCCCGGAGCGUGUCCCUUUACUCUCGACGUGAGGCGUACGGGCUGCUCCCCAGGCCGCCAGCUCCUGUCAGCAGCCACAGGAGCAGAUCCUGGGGCUGUACCUACCCCCGCCACCUCCAAACCCUGCCAGUCCCAGAACGCUGUCCAGAGCACAGAUGACCCUGCCGGGCCCAGCUUGCCACUGGGCUGUCCCCUGCAGAGGGUCCCUACUUACUGCUCGGGCACAGGAGAGCCCUGGGGCAGCGCCCCCUCCCACCUGAGAGGGUGGCUCUGAUGGGGGCUGAGCCGCGAUUGCUGUCUCCCCAGCACUGCACUACUUGGAGGGUCUUGAAAAGAUGGAGGUCAACAUCUCUUCCCUCUUUAGUAGGGCUCGGCCCGGGGCCUAAGCUGCUUGGCCAGAGUUGAAUGUGAAGCUAGAGGCAAGCACACUGGGAGGGACACGGGCUCACGUGGCCAGUCCAGGCCCCAGGGGCUUCCUCUGGGGGUCCUUGCCAGGUGCUGAUGAUGGGGAAGAAGCAAUGGGCUCCCCACAUCUCUCCCCGUUCCAUGUCCCCACCAGAGGCCUGGCCCUCUGUCACUGAUGGUCCCCAGGGUGUCCCUGUGCGAAGCCGCCUCAUGUACACUGUGCCAUCAAAAUCCACCAUGAUGGGUUCAUUCACCGGUUAGCAGCAGCAGCACAACGAUGAAAGUCUAUAUUCCUAUCUUCUGUGGUGCCUUGAUUCAGGCUGGAGUGGAAGGGUGUCUGAUGGGCAGAGGGGACCCCGUGACAGUCCUUCUGCCACGCUGAGGCUAGAUGGGGUCCCACGUGGCCAUCAUCUCGGCUGUCCCCCCCUCCCAGUGCCGCCUCUACGAUCCCGGCCACCGGUCACCCACCCCCACCCCGGCAAAGGCAGUUCCUUCUCUUGCACUGAGAUUCCAGGAGUCCUCAGAGAAGGUCACGUUCACACGGGGUCUUCUGCAUCUGGUGCCUCCCUGUGUCGCCUCCCUUUACUCAGCCUGAGCUCCGACUUCCUAUUUUUCUUAUGCAAACUAGGAAGGGAUCUGCUCACUGACCUGGGCAAAAAGGACUUGAAGAAUGUGCCUCCUGUUAGCGUACAUACCCCCUCUGGUUCUCAGAGUGACGUGCAAGAGAGGAGAGAGAGAGAGAGCGAGCCUCCAUCCACUGGUUCAGUCCUCAAAUGGCCAGGCCGAAGCCAGGAGCCUGGAACGCCAUCCAUCAUCCAGUCUCCCACGUGGGUGGCAGGGGUCCAAGGGCCUGGGCCAUCCUCCAUUGCUUUUCCAGGCGCAUCAGCAGGGAGCUGGAUCAGAAGUGGAGCAGCCAGGACUCACCAGUGCCCCAGUAUGGGAUUCGGGGAUGGAGACAGUGGCUUAGCCCUCUGUGCCAUGACCCUGACUCCUCAGUUGCUUUGGAAAGCUGGGCCAGCAGGUUGCUGAAGGGCUUAGAGAAGUGGGUAACGCUCCUCCAUCACGGACAGAUGGUUUCUCCUGGGGGCGGGAGCUGGAGGAUCAGCUGCCUGGGUCUAGGGAGCCGCAGGGGGCCUCCUGGGGUGGGGCCGCCACCUUCAGCCAGGUCUUCCAGCACAAGUGGAACCUGGGUCUUUAGGGGUUAGGGAUUUUUUUCCUCCGGGAACCUGACUUUUUCCUUACUUGGAUCCCAGAAGGGCACUGCCACCUGCUGGCCAGCCUUUCCUUCCUGCCCUGACCAGGAGGAGUCCGGAGGCCGCGGGGGCCCCCUAGCGAGCAGACUUCAGAGAGGCCUGUUGCUGCCCAGGCCCUGCUGUGGUUCCGCCCGGAAGUCACCGUUAGGCAAAGGGGCUGGAGGUGCUACAGACGCUAGGGAGGAUUCAACGGCACAGCCGCCGGGAGAAGCUGCCCUGAGGGCCGGCCCUGGUACGGUCUCCCCUUCCCCUCCCACUUCUGCCUCACAGCCCCCAUCCCUACCCCUCCCUAAGAGCCAUGUGUUCAAACGGGGGACAGAGCCAAGUGCACCCAAUGGCCCUGUAUCCAUGGAUGGGACUGAGACACUAAAAUCAUAGAACCUGAGGGGUGGGCAUAGGGGCACCAGCUCUGAAAGGCUACAUUCACCUCCGACCCCUGUACGGGCAACUCAGGGCUGCAGCUGCUCGGAGCCGAGGACUCGGCUCUCAGGAGUCCACCUGGAGAGGCUUGGGGUACCGCCCCGAGGAUUCGGGGAGGUACUGAAGGUCAGUGCUAGCCCACAUGGUCCUGCGCUUCGUGGUGCCCUGGACGAGGCACAGGGCCUGGGGCCCGAUGACCCGGCUCCAGGCCUCACUCCCCACUGCUGAAUGCCCUCCCAUUUCACAGGGGAGAAGACCAGGGCUCGGAGGGGUUAAGCUCGGGUAGCUUGCCCAGGGUCACCAGCUGUAAGUGACUGAACAAGGUCUGCUUCCCAAACGUGUGAGUAUCGCUCUGCACUUCCUCAAAUGGAAUAGCAGCAGCAAAGGCGAGAGGACCAACUACGUGUCCCAAAAUACCCAGGCUGGAGGAACGGCAGCUCUGAGGGCCCCUACUGUGCAAUAGAUACUGAGCAUAGAAUAUUCCUGAGUCCAUAUCCCUGGGAAAGUUCCCCGCCAAAGUCUUUGUCCCAUCUUCGAUUCCACACUGUUGGGUAGCAUUUGACACCUGAUGAGCUAGAGGGGGUCUCCAUCCCCACCCCGCACCCCCGCCCCGCAGAGCGUGUCUGUCUUCAGAAUGGUCUUGGUCUAGAAGCCUGGCAUGACGCUAGGCCUGGGUUCCUGCCCCUACCAGCUGCAGUCCAGGGGAAGACAGGAGACCGAGCCUGCGGUUGGUAUUUGGCCAGCGUCAGCCUUGGCUGGUGCAAACCAGGACGACUCCAGGGAGCUGAGAUGAACCAAGGGGAACAGGGCAGCUUUCCGGAAAAAAAAAAAAAAUCUCAAACUGCACAAUGAAGGAAGAGGAAGACCGGCGGGGCAGAGAGGCACAGGCCGUGCGCGAGAGGGACCGGUCCAGGUCGUGACUGUCAUGGACUGCUUGAUUUCGGGCAUCCUGCUUACCCUCUCUGAGUGUUGGUUUCCUCAUUUGUAAAACGGGCACCGUGAGGCCACACCUAGGAGGCCAGGUGGGACAAUUGCGAGUGUUCAGCAGGUGGCUGUGGCCCGACACACGCCGGGGAAGGAGAGGCGCUCCAAGCCCACUGAGGGAAAGGGCUGGCUUACGGUGAGGCAGCAGGCGGGUGGAUCAGGGAAGGUCUCCCUGCGUGCCUGGCUGAGGGGUCUGACUCUGCAAAGGUGGGAGAUGGGAGCCGCGUGGGGUUUGGAGUGGAGGAGCAGUACGAUCAGAUUUGUACCCCUGUCUUGGGGAGGCACCCGUGCUUUUGCCGCACUCACAGCAACCCUGGCACCCUCAGCGUGGGCACCCAGGCGCAGACUCCUUCACCUUUGGAAGUGCAGUGCCGUGGCUGUCACUGCCCUCGGGCAAGGCAGGGCCACCUGCUGCUUUGGGUCAUUCUGCUCUCCCACCCCCCAGGACCCAGGGCCACGUUUGCCAUUGUGGCUGGAGGGACCUUGGCACCUUGGUACAGACUGGGACCAGUCAGUUUCACAGUUGUGUAAACUGAGCCCAGAGGAGUUGUGGGACUUCCUCCAGGGCUCCCAGGCUACGUGAGGGAGGGGCACGUCCUCCUCACCUGUCGUCACCUGCUUGGUGCCUGGUGGCGCCUGGCACAGCGCCAGUGCCUGCUGCCCAUGUGUUAAGGGAACGAACAGAGGGCUCACCAGGGGGUGAACGGGGAGAGAUUCCGGUGCCCAGUCCCAGUUCCUAAUUUAGCCUGGACGCUCACGGCUCCUGAGACAGUUUCUUCAUUUCCUGCAAAAGUUUCCAGCCACCUCCCUCCUCGGGAGAGGAAAUUGUUGGCAGAUGACUCACAGGGCCCACGAGUAAGGGGCUGGAGGCAAAGAAGUACCUGAACAAUUGGUGCCAGAGGCCCUUCUGGACAAGGAGAAACCCGUCCUCCCCACCAGCUUCUGGGCCAUGGAGGGCUGGGGACAGAGGACUCCAGGUGGCAGCUGCUGGCCUGCUGGCCUUCUGGCCUGCAGGGCUGUGCCUGGUCUGUUGGGGCUCCACCACUGGGCAGCCCUGGGAGGAGGAUGUGGCUGUGCCAGGAGGGUUAGGGACCCCUAAUACUUGACCUUGACCAUCCCAUCCUCCUGUGUGAAGCACAAAACAAGGACCUGGGGAUGCCCUGCCCACUGUUCCACAGAAAACCAGCCAUAGUUCUAAUCUCAGCAAUUCAUAGUUUUGAAAACAAACGUUGGGGCCAGGGUUGUGGCAUAGCAGGUAAAGCCGCCGCCUGCAGUGCCGGCAUCCCAUAUGGGCACUGGUUCGAGACCCAGCCGUUCCACUUCUGAUCCAGCUCUCUGCUAUGGCCUGGGAAAGCAGUAGAAGAUGGCCCAAGUCCUUAGUCCCUUGUACUUGUGUGGGAGAUCUGGAAGAAGCUCCUGGCUCCUGGCUCUUGGCUUUGGAAUGGUGCGGCUCUGGCUGUUCCGGCCAAUUGGGGAGUGAACCAGCGGAUGGAAGACUCUCUCUCUCUCUCUCUCUCUCUGCCUCUCCUUCUCUCUGUGUGUAACUGAAUUUCAAGUAAAUAAUAAAUCUUAAAAAAAAAAAAAAUUAGGAGGUGAGCAUUGUGGUAGCUCCGGUCAAGCUGUAGCUUGGGACACCCACAAGCCAAAUCGGAGUGCCAGUUCAGGUCCUAGCUGCCCCAGGCUUCUAAUGCAGCUCCCUGCUGAUGUGCCUGGAGGCAGCAGGUGAUGGCCCAAGUGCUUGGGUUCCUGCCACCCAUGCGGGAGACCCGGAUGGAGUUCCUGGCCCCUGACUUUGGUCUGGCGUUACCCUGGCUGUUGUGGACAUUUGGGGAAAGAACAGACAGAGAUAUAGAUAUGCACAUAUGUAUGCAUGUCUGUCACUUUGCCUUUCAAAUAAAUAAAUCUCAA